AAGAACAGGAAGGGGAGAUUUUGAGUCUCCGACUGUCCGCCACAGAUGCUGCCGUGUCUCUGUGCUCUCUGCGAACCACACCGCCAGCUCCAUUGUUUGGCUAGCUGAAAACCAAGCAGAAGAGCCACAUAUCGAGAAAACUGCGCUUUGUGGUUAAUUAAAAAUCGAGAAGUUUUGGCUGCGAGUCGCUGAGCACGGGUGGGAAGCUACAGGGCGUGUUUGAAUCUCAAGUGUUGGAGAGGCAGCCUCCCUCCUCCUCCUCCUCCUCCGCCGCCGCCUCACUGGAUGCUAGCUCGGUAGCCUUUGCAUGUCGUUGCGCUCGUAGUUAAAGUUAGUCUGCAUUUCUUUUAUUUACUCGGAGGCCAGGAGAGAAGAAGAUGGGAUGUACUCUGAGCACGGACGACAAGGCGGCGCAGGAGCGGAGCAAGAUGAUCGACCGGAAUCUGCGGGACGACGGAGAAAAGGCUGCCCGGGAGGUCAAGCUGCUGCUGCUCGGUGCUGGGGAGUCUGGGAAAAGUACAAUUGUCAAACAGAUGAAGAUCAUCCAUGAAGCGGGAUACUCAGAGGAAGAGUGCAAGCAGUACAAGGCCGUGGUCUACAGCAACACUAUCCAGUCCAUUAUUGCCAUCAUCAGAGCGAUGGGACGCCUCAAGAUCGACUUCGCUGAUCCAGCCAGAGCAGACGAUGCGCGGCAGCUGUUCGUCCUGGCGGGUUCAGCAGAAGAGGGCUUCAUGACUGGUGAACUGGCCGGAGUCAUCCAGCGGCUGUGGAAGGAUGGAGGAGUUCAGGCCUGCUUCAGCCGCUCCCGAGAGUAUCAGCUCAACGAUUCUGCAGCUUAUUACCUAAAUGACCUGGACAGGAUAUCCCACGGGGCUUAUGUACCCACCCAGCAGGAUGUGCUGAGGACCAGAGUCAAAACUACUGGUAUUGUGGAGACACACUUCACCUUCAAAGACCUGCAUUUCAAGAUGUUUGAUGUCGGUGGACAGAGAUCAGAGAGGAAGAAGUGGAUCCAUUGUUUUGAGGGAGUCACUGCCAUCAUCUUCUGUGUGGCUCUGAGUGACUAUGACCUGGUGCUGGCCGAGGACGAGGAGAUGAACCGAAUGCACGAGAGCAUGAAGCUGUUCGACUCCAUCUGCAACAACAAGUGGUUUACGGACACCUCCAUCAUCCUCUUCCUCAACAAGAAAGAUCUGUUUGAGGAGAAGAUCAAAAAGAGCCCUCUCACAAUCUGCUACCCAGAAUACGCAGGCUCCAACACCUAUGAGGAGGCUGCAGCUUACAUUCAGUGCCAGUUUGAGGACCUGAACAAAAGAAAGGACACCAAGGAGAUCUACACCCACUUCACCUGUGCCACUGACACAAAGAACGUGCAGUUUGUGUUUGAUGCCGUCACUGAUGUCAUCAUCAAGAACAACCUGAAAGACUGCGGCCUUUUCUAAAGGCAGCCUGGUGGCCGGCGUACCAAGUGACUUCUUUCAAUUCUGAACGGAGGAAACUUCACGGACUUUGCUGAGAACGUCACUUUUAACCUCUUAUUAACUUAUGUUCAUCUCCAAAAGUUUUAAAGACGGUGUGUAGAGAAAACAUUUUGUGUAAAAUAUUUGUACAACUGUCUAUGGCCAGGGAUUUUUUCACGGUUUUUAAAAUGUGCUUGUUUUACCUUAUUAUCAUUAUUUUAAAUUUUUAUAUAAAAAAGGGGGCCUUUUGCUUUUUUUGUCCAUGAAUGAACACCUUUUGUCUUUUGUUUGUAGUUGCUUGUGCCUUGCAUGCCUUAGUUGCAGUGUUUCCUUUUUGUUGACUUAGGUUUAUGUAGAUGCCGCUAUUCAACUCUCCCCCCGAGUCCCCUGAGUUCAUAUUAUCAUUUUUUUCCCGGUUAUUUCAUCGUUGCAUAAUUUUUUGCUUCCUUGUACAAAUCAAGCAAGACCAAGUGACUCUGUAGACCAAUUCACUCUGAUGCUGACAUACUGUGAGAGGUGUGUGGAAACCUUUUCCAAUGUGUGGUUUGUGUGCAUGCGCUGAGCGAGAGGUUUGUUAUGAUUGAGGCCGAAUGCCUGUGAGUGGUUGUGUGUGUGCGUGGAUGUGUGCACAAUAUAAAUCAAAGGGACUUUAUUCCUCUACUUGUCAUCCUCUUUCAAAGUUUUAUUUUCUAGACGACCAAAAAAAGAAGCUAUUCUCUCAAAGUUUGAGUGCACGUUGUUGGUGCGCUGCUACAAACAUUCCUGAUUGAAUCAUGAAGGAAAGAGAAGCUUUGAAAAGAGGAUGCCAAUGGUGGCCUUGUAGCAGACAGUAGGACCAUAGUAGAUCUGUGUUCAGUGCAUAGACAGACAGACAGACGGACAGACAGCUGGCUGGGUACAAGUGCACUGUUAUUGAUUAGGAUCUGUGAUGGUUUCAAGUUGCAUAUCCCCCUCUAGACCCCAGCCCCCUGUUUCCAUUGGAUGGGGACAUUAGUGGACUAAUCUCCAUGAUUUUGCUAAUAAAAGAGCUGCUAUGGUGAAACCAUGGCAACUUAUGCAACAA